GAAAGAAUUCAGCUCCUUGCGAGAAAGUUACCUGUGGCCGCCCAAGUCCGCCACUUUCUGCUCUGUGUCUGCCCCAUUGCCACGAUCCAGGAGGACUCCGCGCCGCCCGGCCGCCUCCGAGCUCGGGCCCCAUGUGAGGGCCUCCCCCCAUCCCACCUUUCCGGCUAGGUGAGGGCGCGAGCGGGCGAGCGAGCGAGAGUGGUGAGGGGGGACGAAAAAGCAGAAUUACCUGUAGCUCUUGUUCUGCCAUCUCGGGCGCUCUCACACACCUUCACCUGCACAGACCUGAAAGUCCAGUUUCACCAGAGGCUGAGGCUCCAGGAAAAGGGGAGCGAGUUCAUUGGAUCAAACAUGUCACAAGAGUCGGACAAUAAUAAAAGACUGGUGGCCCUGGUGCCCAUGCCUGGUGACCCUCCAUUCAAUACCCGAAGAGCCUACACCAGUGAGGAUGAGGCCUGGAAGUCAUACUUGGAGAACCCCCUGACAGCGGCCACCAAGGCCAUGAUGAGCAUCAACGGGGAUGAAGACAGUGCGGCUGCCCUUGGCCUGCUUUACGACUACUACAAGGUUCCUCGAGACAAGCGACUGCUGCCUGUAAGCAAAGCCAGUGACAGCCAAGAAGACCAGGAUAAAAGAAGCUGUCUUGGCCCCAGUGAGGCCCAGAGCAAUUUGAUUGGAGGAGAGAACCGAGUGCAGAUCCUAAAGACUGUGCCAGUGAACCUUUGCCUUAACCAAGACCACUUGGAGAACUCCAAGCGGGACCAGUACAGCGCCAACGUCGCUGAGAGCCCAGCCGUCAUCCCUGUAUCUGGAAUCACUGUGGUAAAAGCUGAGGAUUUCACGCCCGUGUUCAUGACUUCGCCUGCGCAUUAUCCGCGGGGAGAUGGUGAGGAGCAGCGCGUGGUCAUCUUUGAACAGACUCAGUAUGAUGUGCCUGCCAUCGCCACUCAUAGCAACUACCUCAAGGACGACCAGCCCAGCACGCCCGACAGCACCUACAGUGAGAGCUUCAAGGACGGGGGAACCGAGAAAUUUCGGAGCGCUUCAGUUGGGGCUGAGGAGUACAUGUAUGACCAGACUUCAAGUGGCACGUUUCAGUACACUUUGGAAGCUACCAAAUCUCUCCGCCAGAAGCAGGGGGAGGGCCCCAUGACCUACCUCAACAAAGGACAGUUCUACGCCAUCACACUCAGUGAGACUGGAGACAACAAAUGCUUCCGGCAUCCCAUCAGCAAAGUCAGGAGCGUGGUGAUGGUGGUGUUCAGUGAAGACAAGAAUCGAGACGAACAGCUGAAAUACUGGAAGUACUGGCACUCCCGGCAGCACACGGCCAAACAGAGGGUCCUCGACAUUGCUGACUACAAGGAGAGCUUUAACACAAUUGGAAACAUUGAAGAGAUUGCGUAUAAUGCUGUUUCCUUUACCUGGGACGUGAAUGAAGAGGCAAAGAUUUUCAUCACUGUGAACUGCCUAAGUACAGAUUUCUCCUCCCAAAAAGGAGUGAAGGGACUUCCUUUGAUGAUUCAGAUUGACACGUAUAGUUAUAACAAUCGCAGCAAUAAACCCAUCCACAGAGCCUAUUGCCAGAUCAAGGUCUUCUGUGACAAAGGAGCCGAGAGAAAAAUCCGUGAUGAAGAGAGAAAGCAGAAUAGGAAAAAAGGGAAGGGCCAGGCCUCCCAGACCCAGUGCAAUAGCUCCUCUGAUGGGAAGUUGGCUGCCAUCCCUCUACAAAAGAAGAGUGACAUCACCUACUUCAAAACCAUGCCGGAUCUGCACUCACAGCCUGUUCUCUUCAUACCUGACGUGCAUUUUUCAAACCUGCAGAGGACUGGACAGGUGUAUUACAACACGGACGAUGAGCGGGAAGGCAGCAGUGUCCUUGUGAAACGGAUGUUCAGGCCCAUUGAAGAUGAGUUUGGUCCGGCACCCUCUAAGCAAAUCAAAGAAGAAGGGGUGAAGCGAGUGCUUCUGUACGUGAGGAAGGAGACGGAUGACGUGUUUGACGCUUUGAUGCUCAAGUCUCCCACAGUGAAAGGACUGAUGGAAGCGAUCUCUGAGAAGUAUGGGCUGCCUGUGGAGAAGAUCUCAAAGCUUUACAAGAAGAGCAAAAAAGGCAUUUUGGUGAACAUGGAUGACAACAUCAUCGAGCACUAUUCGAACGAGGACACCUUCAUCCUCAACAUGGAGAGCAUGGUGGAAGGUUUCAAGGUCACACUCAUGGAAAUCUGA